CUCAUUUGAAUAUCUCAACACCUCGGCAAUGGACACACUUACGAUAUAUGCAAUAACCGUGGGUGCUUUACUUCUGCUGUUGAUCACGCAUAGACUCCUAAACAUGGCUUCGCACUGGAGAGACGCAUUUCGAGCCUUUUUUUGUCGCCAUAUGGUCUAUCCUUGCGUCAUUUCUCGCCAUUAUUUUUUCGGCCCGUGGUCACGAAUUGUUGUUUGUUUCUAUCUAGUCUACAUGACUUUGAACUCUGUCGUACUCUUCUACAACUCACAUACAAUUUCAUUAGAAAGCGUUGGGCGACGUGCUGGAUCUCUUUCCAUUGUGAACAUGAUCUUUCCCUUGCUAGCAGGCCAUUUAAGCCAUUCAGCAGACCUUUUGGGGCUUUCAUUGACACUCUACCGGAAGAUACAUCGAGCUUCAGGGUGGAUGGCUAUAGGACUAGUCAUUCUCCAUGCCGGUGCCUUAUACUCCGAUAUGAAAAUCUCUAGUUCAGUCUCAGAUGGUGACAAGCUUUUUGUGAUUAUAGCUGCAGGCUGCUUAGGGGCCCUUGGUCUGACGGCUCUCCCACUCGUGCGGCGAAUUUCGUUUGAAAUCUUCAUUCGAGUACACCAAGGUCUGACAAUAGUCUGUGUUUACGGUAUUUGGAGACAUAUCCCAAAAGACUCUUUACUUCCGGAGCUUUAUAUUUUGAUAGGAGUCAGUCUUUUUGCUACCACUUCAAGUACGUACCUCAUAAAGUUGCUUUACCGGAAUGGUAUAUUUUCAGGAAAUGGAUGUCCACGAGCAAUUUUAUCAAGCAGCAACUGCGACUUGGUCAAAGACAGAGAAAAAGCGGGCGCCCUAUUUAAUAUCCGUCUACUUUUGCCAAGGCCAGUCACAGUAAAGGCCGGUCAGUAUAUCAAUUUGUGGCUUCCUUCAGCCACUAUGGGGUCUUGGAUGCAGACGCAUCCAUUCACCAUCAUAUCCUGGUCGCAAAAGCCACAAUCGUCAAUAGAGCUUUUGAUCCAGCCACGAAAAGGCCUGACCGCUACGCUUGCACACCAAGUACAGAAUGCGGGUCCUAGGGGAUAUUCCUGCCUAGCUGUGUAUAGUGGUCCUCAUGGGCUCAGCGAGCCUGUUGAAAGCUACGAAACUGUCCUUCUUGUCGCGAAUGAGGCUGGUCUUUCAGCUGUGUUGCCUUACGCGAAAAAGCUGAUCCAUGGUUAUAACACAUGCACUUCUCAUGUUCGUCGAGUGCAUCUUCUGUGGCAAAUGAUGACGUAUUGGAUAACGGCUACCAUAUCAAUUUAUGUUGGAGAGGGUGCUAAACUGCGUGAUAUCCCUUUCGGAAGACAUGAACGAGCAUUCCUCUAUCAAGGAGUCCCUGAUUAUUCAUCAAUUAUUUCCGGGGAGGUGUCUGGCGAGAACAUUGAUAAGACAUCACGUAUAAGGGACACCCAGGGCAAAUUACUUAUAAUGGGCCAAGUCCGAGAUCGAUUGCGGAAUAUCAUCCGUGGCCAUCUGGACCAGGAUAUUCGCAUGGCAGAACUUGAGUACCAAUUGUAA